GGGGAGGGGAAAAGGGCGGAGGAUGGAGACGGGGAGGGACCAGGAUCCCUGGUACAGGCCAGGACUUGCCAGUCGUCGACAUGAGCUCCGGGGAGGAAGACGGGCGGAGAAAUCCGGAGAGGGACUCGCAGCUCCAGGUUACCACCAAAGAACAUGAUUUUGGUCUAGGGGCUCCAGUUUCUGAAGCUGAAAAAUACCAGAAUACUCUGCAGCUAGAACAAGAAGUGAGAAAUCAAGAUAAAUUCAUCUCUGCACUGAAAUUACAGAUUGAAGAUCUCAAACAGACAAAUCAUGGCUUGGAAGAAUAUGUUAGGAAACUCUUGGAUAGUAAGGAGGUGGUAAGCAGUCAAGUAGAUGAUUUAACCAGCCACAAUGAGCAUCUUUGUAAAGAAUUGAUUAAAAUUGACCAACUAGCAGAGCAACUAGAAAAAGAGAAAAAUUUUGUUGUGGAUACCGCUGACAAAGAACUUGAAGAAGCAAAGAUUGAACUCAUUUGCCAACAAAAUAAUAUAAUAGUAUUAGAAGAUACAAUAAAAAGGCUUAGAUCUAUAAUUUUAGAGACUGAAAAAGCACAAAAUAAAUCUCCUUCCAGACUUGAUUCCUUUGUCAAGACUUUAGAAGCAGACAGAGAUUACUACAAGAGUGAAGCUCAAAAUUUGAGAAAGAUGAUCAGAAGUAGAUCUAAAAGUCCAAGACGCCCAUCUCCAUCUUCCCGGGGUACAAACUGUGAUGUAGAGCUUUUGAAGACAACAAGAGACCGUGAAGAACUAAAAUGCAUGCUGGAAAAAUAUGAGCGUCAUUUGGCAGAAAUUCAGGGUAAUGUCAAGGUUCUUACAUCUGAGAGAGACAAGACCUUUCUUCUUUAUGAACAGGCACAGGAAGAAAUUGCCCGACUUCGAAGAGAAAUGAUGAAAAACUGUAAGUCUCCUAAAUCAACAACAGCACAUGCCAUCCUCCGGCGGGUGGAGACUGAAAGAGAUGUGGCCUUCACUGAUUUACGAAGAAUGACCACAGAACGAGAUAGCCUGAGGGAAAGGCUAAAGAUUGCCCAAGAGACAGCAUUUAAUGAGAAGGCUCAUUUGGAACAAAGGAUAGAAGAGCUGGAGUGUACAGUUCAUAAUCUUGAUGAUGAACGUAUGGAGCAAAUGUCAAAUAUGACUUUGAUGAAGGAAACCAUAACCACUGUGGAAAAAGAAAUGAAAUCACUAGCAAGAAAGGCAAUGGAUACUGAAAGUGAACUUGGCAGACAAAAGGCAGAGAAUAAUUCUUUGAGACUUUUAUAUGAAAACACAGAAAAAGAUCUUUCUGAUACUCAGCGACAUCUUGCUAAGAAAAAGUAUGAGCUACAGCUUACUCAGGAGAAAAUUAUGUGCUUGGAUGAGAAAAUUGACAAUUUUACCAGGCAAAGUAUUGCCCAGAGAGAAGAAAUCAGCAUUCUUGGUGCAACCCUCAACGAUCUGGCUAAAGAAAAGGAAUGCCUGCAAGCAUGUUUGGAUAAAAAAUCUGAGAAUAUUGCAUCCCUUGGAGAGAGUUUGGCAAUGAAAGAAAAGACCAUUUCAGGCAUGAAGAAUAUCAUUGCUGAGAUGGAACAGGCAUCAAGACAGUCUACUGAAGCCCUAAUUAUGUGUGAACAAGACAUUUCCAGAAUGCGUCGGCAAUUGGAUGAAACAAAUGAUGAGCUGGCUCAGAUUGCCAGGGAAAGAGAUCUCUUGGCUCAUGAGAAUGACGGUCUCCAAGAACAGUUUUCUAAAGCUAAACAAGAAAACCAGGCCCUGUCUAAAAAAUUGAAUGAUACGCACAAUGAACUUAAUGACAUAAAACAGAAGGUCCAAGAUACUAAUUUGGAGGUUAACAAGCUGAAGAAUAUAUUAAAAUCUGAAGAAUCUGAGAACCGGCAAAUGAUGGACCAACUCCGAAAAGCCAAUGAAGAUGCUGAAAACUGGGAAAAUAAGGCCCGUCAAGCAGAAGCAGAUAACAAUACCCUCAAAUUAGAACUUAUCACUGCUGAGGCAGAGGGUAACAGAUUAAAAGAAAAGGUAGAUUCUCUCAACAGAGAAGUUGAGCAGCACUUAAAUGCCGAAAGGUCUUAUAAGUCCCAGAUUUCUACCUUACACAAAUCUGUUGUAAAGAUGGAAGAGGAACUUCAGAAGGUUCAGUUUGAAAAAGUGUCUGCCCUUGCAGAUUUAUCUUCCACAAGGGAACUUUGUAUUAAACUUGACUCAAGCAAAGAACUUCUUAAUCGACAGCUGGUUGCCAAAGAUCAAGAAAUAGAAAUGAUGGAGAAUGAGUUAGAUUCUGCUCGCUCUGAAAUAGAACUCCUCAGGAGUCAGAUGACAAAUGAGAGAAUCUCCAUGCAGAAUCUAGAAGCUUUGCUGGUGGCCAAUCGAGACAAAGAAUAUCAGUCUCAGAUAGCGCUUCAAGAAAAAGAAUCUGAAAUUCAGCUUCUUAAAGAACACCUUUGUUUGGCAGAAAAUAAAAUGGCCAUCCAGAGUAGAGAUGUGGCCCAGUUCAGAAAUGUUGUAACACAGUUGGAAGCUGAUUUAGACAUUACCAAACGACAACUAGGGACGGAGCGCUUUGAAAGGGAAAGGGCUGUACAAGAACUUCGCCGCCAGAAUUACUCAAGUAAUGCUUAUCAUAUGAGUUCUACAAUAAAGCCAAAUACAAAAUGUCAUUCACCAGAACGUGCUCACCAUCGAUCUCCUGACCGAGGCCUAGAUCGAUCAUUAGAAGAGAAUCUUUGCUAUAGAGAUUUCUGACACAGGAAAAGAUUCUUCACAUCCUUGGGAAAGGUCAAAGUUACAAACUGAUUUUUUUUUUUUU